UCGCGGCCCCAGCUUGCCCUCGGCUCCUGUCCCACGUCGCUGAGAACCGGCCAGCGCGUAGGGCCCAUGAGCGCCCGUCUGUAGCGCGCCAGCAGCCUGCGGUGCCCGGAGCCCGAGCGCAACCGCCAGGUCCCACCUGAGGUGCCCUUGACCGUCCCUGCCCUCACCCCACCCCGGAUCCCGGCAAUGCUAACCGCUGUCUGUGGCUCUCUGGGCAGCCAGCACACCGACGCGCCUCACGCAUCACCACCGCGCCUCGACCUGCAGCCUCUCCAGACGUACCAGGGUCACACGAGCCCGGAGGUCGGGGACUACCCCUCCCCGCUGCAGCCUGGAGAGCUGCAGAGCCUCCCGCUGGGCCCGGAGGUAGACUUCUCACAGGGCUAUGAGUUGCCAGGGGCCUCCUCGCGGGUAACCUGCGAGGACCUGGAAAGCGACAGUCCCUUGGCUCCGGGACCCUUUUCCAAGCUCCUGCAGCCGGACAUGUCACAUCAUUACGAAUCGUGGUUCCGGCCGACUCACCCAGGCACGGAGGAUGGCUCCUGGUGGGACCUACAUCCCGGCACCAGCUGGAUGGACCUCCCCCAUACUCAAGGAGCGCUGACCUCACCUGGCCACCCGGGGGCGCUUCAGCCCGGUUUGGGAGGAUACGUCGGAGACCACCAGCUCUGUGCUCCGCCGCCCCACCCGCACCCGCACCACCUCCUGCCAGGCGCGGGUGGUCAGCACCUCCUAGGGCCACCCGACGGGGCUAAGGCCUUGGAAGCGGCGGCGCCAGAGUCCCAAGGGCUGGAUUCCAGUCUGGAUGCGGCGGCCCGACCCAAAGGCUCCCGGCGGUCUGUGCCCCGCAGCUCAGGGCAGACCGUGUGUCGCUGCCCCAACUGCCUGGAGGCGGAGCGACUGGGGGCUCCGUGCGGGCCCGAUGGGGGCAAGAAGAAGCAUUUGCACAACUGCCACAUCCCCGGCUGCGGGAAAGCCUACGCCAAGACGUCGCAUCUGAAGGCGCACCUGCGGUGGCACAGCGGCGACCGUCCCUUCGUGUGCAACUGGCUUUUCUGUGGCAAGCGCUUCACGCGCUCCGACGAGCUGCAGCGCCACCUUCAGACCCACACCGGGACCAAGAAGUUCCCCUGUGCGGUCUGCAGCCGAGUCUUCAUGCGCAGCGACCACCUGGCCAAGCACAUGAAAACCCACGAGGGCGCCAAAGAGGAGGCUGCGGCGGCGGCGGCCCAGGGCGAGGCCAAGGCCGGUGGCGCGGUGGAGCCGCCCGGGGGCAAAGGCAAACGAGAGGCCGACGGCAGCUCGGCGUCCUCCAACUGAUCCCCGUGGAUGUCGCAUCCCUGCCGAUCUUUUUAGGGGGGCGGCCUGAGUAAGAGGGGAAGGUGGUUAUUUAUUGACGGUGAGGGGACAGGGAGAAGGGCGCUAGGGAUUUUUUAGUUUCUGGGGCUAGAUGGGAGGCUAUUUGAAUGUUUAGGCUGCCAGGAGCUAAACGUGCCCCCUCGCUUCUUUUCUUUCUCACUAUUUCACCCUCCCCUGAGUUGCUGAAGGGUUAGGAUGGAUCACCCCUACCAUGUGGAGGGGUUUGAUUAGUAGAAAUGGCACGUCCCAGGAGCUGAGGGGAAGGGAGACUGGCUCGGGGCGUUGGGGGUAGCUGUCUGGACAUGUCUUUCGCUCCUGGGAACCCGGACAUAAAAGCGCCUCGGAGCCGCCCUAAGGCCUAGGCCCCUUUCAUCCCCCUUGGAGUGCUUCUCCCUCUAAAAUUUCCGGAGAGAGAGCAGAGAUGAGGCGGGGGAGCCUGGGGCGGUUCCCCUUAAGGGGCUGUCUAUCUAGCUCGGAGGGUUGUUACUAUAGAAUGAACUCCCUUCAAUGAAUUCCUUAUAAACCCUUCCAGAUUCAGUCUAUGAGAGCCAGGGAGGGCACAGCUUCGCAGCCGGAGCUGUGAGCCGGAGGUCAGAGUUACGUGGAGGAGAGGAAUUCAGCGGAGAGGUCCUCUUACAAAACGGAAGAAGUUUGGCAUGGGGUGGGGGGGAAGGUAAGGGAUGGAAGAACGAACCCUUUCUUCCCUUUUCAAUCUAAUUCAAUCUUAACUCUUAGACCUUUUAAAAGAAAUCAAAUUCAGUCGCCCCCAUUCCCCAUCCCACUAGGUAGUUUUCUGAAGUCAACCACCAGCAUCAGCUCCGGAGUUGACAUGGACCACCCCCCAAAAAAAGGUCCCCAUCCUUUGCUUUCCCUUUGGGGGUGGAAAGGAGAGGGGUCCUUCCACGGUUUGGGGUUGUCCUAGCAGAGGACAGUGGAUGACCUGCCCCUGUCUGGACUCCCCUGCCCCUCUCUUUUUAGCUUGACCCUUCCAUGUUCCCUCCACGCUGUAGAGCCCUCCCCCUCACCCCCGUGGGAAAUCUUCCACACGAGUGGGUCUCUACUGGAGGGAUUCUAGGAAGCUGUUUCUUUGUCCCCCUCCUUAGAUGCUAGAAAUACAUUUGGGUUUUGAUCACAGGGUGGGGAGGGCAGACUUCUGCCUGGCAGACCGCAGGACCCUGGGGCUGGGGGCACUCUCAGGUUUGAGGUAGAGGCCUUGAGUGCCUCCGACCUCUCUCUUGCUCGUUUCUCUCCACCCAGAACCCUCUGCAGGGAAUAGCUGUGUGUUAAUUUUUAAGUUAUAAGCAAAGGGUAUUUUAUUUAAGAAUUAGGGCGUGAGUGUGUAUAUGUGUGUUGUCUGUACCUGUAUGUAUGUAUGUGUUUCUCUACUGAGCCUGGGGUCUCUUGAGACCCCAUCUUGUUCACCCCGUCCAAGGUCUGGGGCCUAGACCCACAGUAUCUCUUUCUCCAUUGGGGAUGCUGGAACCCAGUCCAAGGACUGGGAGCUGUAUGGGAAGUAGGGGCUGGGAUCUGGGUAGGAAUAUGUGUUUGUGUAGAAAGGGCUCCUCCUCAAAGGGGACAGGGUGACUCCCUGUGGGACUUAGGGGCCUGAAGUAGUUUAAGAAUAAGGUUCUUUCUGUUUCCCCCCUCUUUCCCCCACCUCCUGCUAACCUAGCCAGAGGUCCUCUUUCUUAACCAAGAGCAGAGCUGCCAUGCCUCCAGGUUGCCUGGCUAGGUACAGAGGGGGAGAAAGAAGGGCACCGUGGGUGGGGUGUGGGGUGCUUUCUCCUCCACCCAUCGAAACCAGCCACCCUUCUCCCUGUGCUACCAAGACAACCUUUUCCAGUGACCAUUCUUAGGGGAACUCCUACAUGGGUGUGGGGGGGCGUGCAUGCUCCCCAUCAUAGACACCCUGAACCCUAAGACCUGCCGGGGGGCUUUGGAUAGUUUUUGUCUGCCCUGCCCUUUACCAAUCUAGGUUUCUCAGCUGCCUGCCCUUCUCGGCAGCCCUCCCUAGAGGAAAAUGUAGGAAUUUUUUUUCUUUAACUGCUGUGAACCCACUUGGGGGGGAGGGAAGGAGGAGGC